GUGUGUGGCGAUCGAUGGGGGAGUUUCAACGAUGGAAUACCCAUCACUCACACGUCGUUCCCAUCGAGGUCUGUGGCACACAGCUCAACAUCGCCCAGGACCCCACUUCUGACAACCUCGGCACCACGAUCUGGGACGCGAGCGUGAUUCUAGUCCGCUACAUGGAGCGCAACCCGCAGCUGUACUCCCGGCGAAGGCUGGAGGGCAAGAGGGUCCUGGAGCUGGGCGCGGGGUGCGGCUUGGCGGGGAUGUACUUCGCCCUGCAGGGUGCGCACGUGACUUUCACCGACUUGAUUGAGGUGGUCCCUCUCCUCCAACGAAACGUCACCAUGAACCUUGGCGGGCAAGCGGUGGAAGAUGCUGCCGGCACGACUACCGCAUCGGACGAAACACGCGGCAGAGGCAAAGGGGGAAAAUCCGUAGCCGCCGCCCCCCCCGCACGCCCGAAAGCAAAAGUGCUCGAGUAUGACUGGGGAAAGCCGCUGGACGGGCUCUCCCCGCCGUACGACUACAUCGUCGCCUGCGACUGCGUGUACGUCGAACGCCUUGUGGAGUCCCUCGUCUGGUCGAUGGCGCGGUGCUCCGGCCGCGGGACGACCGUGCUCGUGGCGAGCGAGAAGCGCGAGGAAGUCACGUACGCCAAGUUUAGGGCUCGGCUGAGCGAGGACUUCGCCGUGAGGCAAGCGCCCAGGAGGCACAUGGACAAGGCCUACGACCACGAGAACUCGGAGGUGCUCGUGUGCAAGCUGCGUCGGACCAACAGCAGCAGCAGCAGUAGCGCUAACGGCAGGGGUAGCGGCGGCGAGGACCAGCACCCUGGUGGAGAGCGAGGGAAGAAGCAAGAAAUCGGCGCAAAUGCUGCUGUUGCUGCUGCUGCUAUCACAGAGGAGGCCAGUAAAAAGGAGAGUGGAGACGAAUGUUGUUGCUCGCCAGGGAGAGAAGCGGCCCUUGGGAAGGCGGCCGUAACGGGAGCAGGGGGCCACGCAGAUGAUGAUGCCCUUGGUGGUGCGGAGGAAUCGAUCGCGGUUGCGGGAAACGCACCUGCCGUAACGGUACCAGGAGCACCACCACCAUCAGAGGCAACAGCCGACGUUGUGGAGGGGUUGUCCCUUGCUGCCGUGUCUCUGGUGCCGCAGCCGUUGUCGUCUCUCGAGACUGCUGCUGUAGGAGAUAGAAGCAGGGGUCCAGGGGGGGAAGCUUCGUCGACGGCCGUCGGCGGCAGCAGCGAUCCACCGCUGCGGUAGUGCUGUCCGUCUCUCUUCAUUAAUCUCAUGUCGAUCGACUUGUCGACCCGACGAUCUCGUGUGUGAUCUGUCUGUAUAAUCUACCUGUCGUCUGUCUUCCACAAGAGAACACAACAAUACACCCGCGUGUGAUGUGGAUGGACGGGUCGACGGCAGGAAGAGAGUGGUGGGUGGGGGCGUGAUGGCGUUGCCGUGUCCACGGACCGCGUUCGGGGACGUUUGAAGAGGACGGCACUGAUAGUGACGGCGUGGGCGCAGCGCUAAAAUAGCUGUUGCACAUGAAUUAUUGUUUGCUCCACCCGUGCUUUCGAGACUCCUUUCUCGGUAUUUGGGAAGAGGCUUCAAGGUCGGAAAUCCCGUGUGUGGCACGGCACCAUGGACGCCACGAAACAAAAAACACACCAAGCUGU